UGGGGCUUAGAGAGCCCAGAGGGUAUGGGAUUCCUGGAUGGGUGGAGCAGAGGAUCCUGUCUGCUUCCUGUCCAGGACUGGAAGGGGAUAGAAGGCAGAGAAUAACCUCAUUCCAGAUUCUGGGGCUUUCUCAGAUUCCUGGGCUCCCAUCCGGGGCACCUGGUUCACCGGGGGCCAGGACCUCUGGCUCAGAUGAGUUUUCCUAGUUCCGUCUUCCUAGUUCCCCCUCUGCCACCUCCCACCUGAAGCUACUUCAGGUGAAGCAUGCAUUUGAUGGUCCUGAGGGCAUCAAAGUGGGGUAAAGAAUUGUGAGCUAGGAAAGAACAUCUUAGCUCUCACCUCUUUCUCCUGCUGAUGAGCCAUUGAUGCUUCAUCCCCUUAGGUUAAGGUAUUAUCUCCAAAAGGACUCCUUGAAAGCACAUUUAUGGGGCUGCUGGUAGGGGAAGUGUUAUGGCAGCAGCGUUCAGUUCAACCCAGAGUGUAUUUACAUAUGCUUAGGUGCUCCCAGUUCCGUGUGUGGGAGGCAAUAUAAAUCAGACAAAAGGAUUGACUCCUGCUCAGCCUAGUGAGGAGAGCAUCACGUGAUUAGCUUCUCCGCUCCACUGGCUGUUGCCUAGCAGAGAACAGGCCUUGUGAAGGUGGGACUUGGGACCGAUUUGUUUUGAUGCGUGGGAGGAAGGAAAAGUCCUUAAGUAGCCCCUUCCCAAAGAUUAAGGAGUAGUGUUAGGCAAGGCAAGUAUUUGUUGGUCCUUAAGGCACUAAAGUAGGUGAAGAACUGUGAGCUGGGAAAGAACAUCUUAGCCCUGAAAAGGAAGGAGCCACUGCAAGGGGAGGUGGGCAGAAGAUGCACCUCAGAGCUGGUCCUCCUGCUUCUGCCAUGGCCUUAUCAGUUUCCUGGGUUUCUUGUUGCUGAUGAUCACCUUCCCCAUUUCUGGCUGGUUUGCCCUAAAGAUCGUGCCCACCUAUGAGCGCAUGAUCGUGUUUCGACUGGGCCGCAUCCGCACCCCUCAGGGACCCGGCAUGGUUCUGCUCCUGCCCUUCAUUGACUCUUUUCAGAGGGUGGAUCUGAGGACACGAGCCUUCAGUGUCCCUCCCUGCAAGCUGGCCUCUAAGGACGGUGCUGUGUUGUCCGUGGGAGCCGACGUCCAGUUCCGCAUCUGGGACCCAGUGCUGUCAGUGAUGACGGUGAAGGACCUGAACACAGCCACGCGCAUGACGGCUCAGAACGCCAUGACCAAGGCCCUGCUCAAGAGGCCUCUACGGGAGAUCCAGAUGGAGAAGCUCAAGAUCGGUGACCAGCUCCUGCUGGAGAUCAACGAUGUGACCAGGGCUUGGGGGCUGGAGGUGGACCGCAUGGAGCUGGCGGUGGAGGCCGUGCUCCAGCUGCCCCAGGACAGCCCGACUGGGCCCAACCUGGACAGCACCCUGCAGCAGCUGGCCCUCCACUUCCUGGGAGGAGGCACGUCCUCAGCGGCAGGAGGUGCCCCGCACCCUGGGCCAGCAGAUACCUUGGAGAUGGUGAGUGAGGUUGAGCCGCCUGCCCCUCAUGGUGCCGGGCCCAGCCCCAAGCAGCCUGUGGCCGAGGGGCUGCUGACCGCUCUGAAGCCUUUCCUGUCUGAGGCCCUGGUCAGCCAGGUCGGGGCCUGCUACCAGUUCAAUGUCGUCCUGCCCAGUGGCACCCAGAGCAUCUACUUCCUGGACCUCACCACAGGGCAAGGGAGGGUGGGACACGGGGUCCCUGAUGGUAUCCCUGACGUGGUGGUGGAGGUGGCCGAGGCAGACCUGCGGGCCUUGUUGUGCAGGGAGCUGCGGCCCCUGGGCGCUUACAUGAGCGGGCGGCUGAAGGUGAAGGGCGACCUGGCCGUGGCCAUGAAGCUGGAGGCUGUCCUCAGGGCCUUGAAGUAGCAAGCUUGGCUGACUGGCCAUAGCCCAGCCCUGGGCCUGGUACCGAGCCAGGGGGGCGCAUCUUGGAGGAGGAGGCAUUGGCACUACACCUUGGAUUACUGAGGCCCUGAGAAGUUUCAGGCUCAGCGGGGGCCAGUGAGUGGGGGCUGGGAGAGGCCAAGUGAGGCGGCCCUGCCCUUCUCACCCACAGUGGUUUUCUGGACAAGCCUUUGCCCACCCUGGUCCUCUGCCCAGGGCCAGCCUGAGCUGGGUACACAGCGCGAUGACAGGAGAGCCAGGCCUGUUCUGCUCUGCUGGCCACCUGACUGGAGAGGCAGGGCCAACAGAAACAGCCUGACAGCAGCCGGUUUGGAACCAGUGUGAGGGAGCAAUGCAUGUGGCUCAAGCUCAGAGCUCAGGGUGGGAGGGAGUAGGGAGGGUCGGAGAGGCAGCCACCUAGAAGAGGUCCCUGUGGUGGGAGGGCUCUGGCAGUUGGGCUGGGCCCACCUUGCUGAUUGCAGUCCAGGCCCAGGCUAGUGGGGGGUGGGGGUGGGGAAGAGUAGGGCCUGGCCCUCCCCUGGUCCUGCUCCUGAAGGGAUCUUGAGCCUUCUGCCAGCUCUGUCUUGCAUGCCUGGCGGGCUGGGCCGCAGGGCAGCAUGAAGAGAGCCCUGCCAUUCCUGUGCUUCCUACUGGAGGUUUGAAAACAUCAAAUAAAUGUGGCGUUUACAACUUA